AUGAUAGAGGCGUGGAAAAAAAGGUGGAGAGUAAAUGAGAGAAGAAGCCCAGCAUUCCCAAGACAUAGAGAGUGUCAAGUCAGAAGCCCAGCUCUCCCAAGACAUAGAGAGUGUCAAGACAGAAGCCCAGCUCUCCCAAGACAUCGAGAGUGUCAAGACAGAAGCCCAGCUCUCCCAAGACAUAGAGAGUGUCAAGUCAGAAGCCCAGCUCUCCCAAGACAUAGAGAGUGUCAAGACAGAAGCCCAGCUCUCCAAGACAUCGAGAGUGUCAAGACAGAAGCCCAGCUCUCCCAAGACAUAGAGAGUGUCAAGUCAGAAGCCCAGCUCUCCCAAGACAUAGAGAGUGUCAAGUCAGAAGCCCAGCUCUCCCAAGACAUAGAGAGUGUCAAGACAGAAGCCAAGCUCUCCCAAGACAUAGAGAGUGUCAAGUCAGAAGCCCAGCUCUCCCAAGACAUAGAGAGUGUCAAGUCAGAAGCCCAGCUCUCCCAAGACAUAGAGAGUGUCAAGACAGAAGCCCAGCUCUCCCAAGACAUAGAGAGUGUCAAGACAGAAGCCCAGCUCUCCCAAGACAUAGAGAGUGUCAAGACAGAAGCCCAGCUCUCCCAAGACAUCGAGAGUGUCAAGACAGAAGCCCAGCUCUCCCAAGACAUAGAGAGUGUCAAGUCAGAAGCCCAGCUCUCCCAAGACAUAGAGAGUGUCAAGUCAGAAGCCCAGCUCUCCCAAGACAUAGAGAGUGUCAAGACAGAAGCCAAGCUCUCCCAAGACAUAGAGAGUGUCAAGACAGAAGCCCAGCUCUCCCAAGACAUAGAGAGUGUCAAGACAGAAGCCAAGCUCUCCCAAGACAUAGAGAGUGUCAAGUCAGAAGCCAAGCUCUCCCAAGACAUAGAGAGUGUCAAAUCAGAAGCCAAGCUCUCCCAAGACAUAGAGAGUGUCAAGUCAGAAGCCAAGCUCUCCCAAGACAUAGAGAGUGUCAAGACAGAAGCCCAGCUCUCCCAAGACAUAGAGAGUGUCAAGACAGAAGCCCAGCUCUCCCAAGACAUAGAGAGUGUCAAGACAGAAGCCCAGCUCUCCCAAGACAUCGAGAGUGUCAAGACAGAAGCCCAGCUCUCCCAAGACAUAGAGAGUGUCAAGUCAGAAGCCCAGCUCUCCCAAGACAUAGAGAGUGUCAAGUCAGAAGCCCAGCUCUCCCAAGACAUAGAGAGUGUCAAGACAGAAGCCAAGCUCUCCCAAGACAUAGAGAGUGUCAAGACAGAAGCCCAGCUCUCCCAAGACAUAGAGAGUGUCAAGACAGAAGCCAAGCUCUCCCAAGACAUAGAGAGUGUCAAGUCAGAAGCCAAGCUCUCCCAAGACAUAGAGAGUGUCAAAUCAGAAGCCAAGCUCUCCCAAGACAUAGAGAGUGUCAAGUCAGAAGCCAAGCUCUCCCAAGACAUAGAGAGUGUCAAGACAGAAGCCCAGCUCUCCCAAGACAUAGAGAGUGUCGAGACAACAUAUUUUGACCAUUUUGUAAACACCAUGUCAGGAGGCCUCGAUAAUGUAGGCAUAUCAGGAUAUGUAAUUACAUCUAAUAAGCUAUAA